CGACGAACCCGCAUGAAGAUGGCGAUCGUAUUCUCUUUCUCCCCCACCAUUUCUCUUCAUCCCACGAUUCUCUUUCUUCUUGCCAAUGUCCUCCUCCUGGCUCGAGCCGCUGUUCAUCACCACGACUUCGUCCUGAGGGAAACAAACAUCACGAGGAAUUGCACCACCAUGUCCCUUUUGACAGUUAAUGGCAGUUUUCCAGGGCCGGUGAUUCGUGUUCGCAAAGGCGACCUCGUUUUCGUCCAUGUUCAUAAUCAAGGAGACUACGGCGUCACGCUUCACUGGCAUGGGGUGAAACAACCAAGAAAUCCAUGGUCUGAUGGACCCGAAUACAUUACUCAAUGUCCGAUCCAACCACAAACAAAUUUCACGUAUGAAGUGAAUUUCACGGAAGAGGAAGGGACUCUUUGGUGGCAUGCUCACAGUGAUUGGACGAGAGCUACAGUUCAUGGUGCGAUAGUCAUCCUACCGAGUGAAGGGUCGAGCUUCCCUUUCCCCGAGCCAGAUGAAGAAGACAUCAUUGUGCUUGGUUCUUGGUACGACGAAGAAAAGCUUAACGAAGUAUUGAACGAGGAUUUAGCGGCGGGUAGCGAUGUACCACGAGCAACUGGCUACACGAUUAAUGGACAGUUUGGAGAUUUCGUUCCAUGCUCCAAAGAAUCAACAUACCAUUUGUUCGUCGACUAUGGCAAGACCUAUCUCCUUCGAAUAGUGAAUGCGGCAGUCAGCGCGGAUCACUUUUUCUCCAUCGCCAAGCACAACAUGACUGUUGUCGGAAUGGACGGAGCAUACACAAAGCCGGUGGUAACUUCAUACAUAACAAUUAGUCCUGGACAAACGAUGGACGUCUUGCUAACGACCGAUCAGUCCCUCAGAAGGUAUUACAUGGCCGCUCGACGGUAUUCGAGCGAGGACACAGAAGUCACCGCAUUUUCGCACAUCAAUGUCACCGCCAUUCUCCAAUACAGGGGAAACUACAGUCUCACAUCACCACCGAUAUUCCCAAGCGACACCCUUCCAAGUUUUUAUGACUAUUUUGCGGCAGCAAAUUUCAUAGCCCAACUCAAAAGUUUAGCAAAUGAAGAGUAUCCCAUAAGUGUGCCUCAGAACAUAAGCACAAGGAUGUUCAUAACAGCUUCCUUGAACGAGCUAUUAUGUGCAAACGAUUCGUGUGCAGCGGGUGACAGCAAAAUCGCCACGAGUUUGAGUAACAUAAGUUGGGUGAAUCCUUCUACUGAUGUGCUACUUGCCUACUACAGAAACAUCAGUGGUGUAUACACCCCAGACUUUCCUAAUUUGCCUCCGAGUUUGUACAACUUCACGGGGGACGAUUUAUCGACCAGUCUUGCGGUGGCUGCUGAAGGGACAAAGGUGAAAGUCUUGAAUUUCAACGAGACCGUGGAGAUAAUAUUUCAAGGGACAAAUCUGCUGAAAGGUUCGGAAACCCAUCCUAUGCAUUUGCACGGGUACAGUUUCUAUGUCGUCGGAUCUGGCUUUGGAAACUUCGACAACGAGACCGAUCCUCAAGGGUACAACCUGAUCGACCCGCCUAAAGUCAACACGUUUGCGGUGCCCAAAAAGGGAUGGAUUACGAUCAGAUUCACAGCAAAUAACCCAGGCGUAUGGUAUUGGCAUUGCCAUAUAGAUCGACAUAUGAGUUGGGGUAUGAGCACCACUUUCAUAGUACUAAACGGCGAUACUGAGGAGACAAGUAUGCGGCCGCCCCCUUCCUACCUGCCUCCCUGCACGGAUACAUCAAACAUCGCCCUGAAAGAAACCGCCGGUUUCGUCGGUGACACAAACCAAAUUUGA